CUCGAGUAAUAUGUAGAACGAGUUAAUUUCGUCAGAAAAUUCGAAACUAAACCUCACAAGUGGUGAAAGCUAGCUCUGUCUUUUCAAGCACGAGGUGGACAUUUUGCGAAAGGGAACUUAGGCAGCUCGUCACAGAAACUCAACUAAAAUGCCGCAGAAACAAGUAAAAGCGAAAAAGGGGAAAGUACAAGCCCAGAAAUCCAAAAAGGCACCCAAACCAGCACCUGUAGAGUCAUCUGAAGAGGAUUCUGAUGAUGACGAUGAUGUUGAGAUGGCAGAGGUAAAUGGUGUUGCAUCACAGAAAAGAAAGGCUGCUGAGGUAGAGGAGGACAGUGAUGAAGACAGCGAGGAAGAGGAAGUAACAAAACCAGUUCCAGCUAAAAAGGCAAAAACAGUGCCUGCUCCAAAGAAAGCAGAAAGUAGUGAUGAAGAUGAUGACGACGAUGAUGAUGAUGAUGAUGAUGAUGAAGAGGAAGUUCCAGUUCAAAAAAUAAAGGCUGUUAAGCAAGCUAAGGAAGAAAGUGAUGAUGACAGUGAGGAGGAGGAGGAUGAUGACAGCGAGGAGGAAGAAGAAGAAAAAGCACCACAGAAAACCAAAGCUGUAAAACAAGCGAAGAAAGCAGACAGUGAUGAUGAGGAGGAUGAUAGCGAUGAAGAGAGUGAUGAGGAAGACGAGGAUGAAGAGGAAGAAAAACCUGCAAAAGUAGAAAAGGGGAAGAAAGAUAAAAAACAGAAUGGGGAUGGAGAUCAGACAGAGGAAUCCACAUUGUUUGUGAAGAACAUUGCCAGCAAUGUGGACAAAGAUCAACUGGCUGAAGUUUUCCCAGGAGCCAAGGAAAUUCGAAUGCCUGUCAAACAUGAUGGGUCACCAAAAGGAUUUGCAUACUUAGAAUUCAGUGAUAUCAAGAAAGUAAAGAAAUACAUAGAAACCAAACAGGGGAUGGAAUUAGAGGGACAAGAACUUUUCCUCGAUAUAGCCAACAAAAAACCGUCUAAUGAUAGAAACCAGAGGGGUGGUGGUUUUGGUGGCCGAGGAGGAGACCGUGGGGGUAGAGGCCGUGGAGGUGGAGGAGGCCGGGGAGGCAGAAGUGAUCCUACCAAGAUUCUGUUUGUGAAGAACUUGAGUUUCUCCACUACAAAUGACAGUUUGGGUGAAGCUUUUGAUGGAUGCUCAGCAGCAAGGGUUGCUAUGGAGAGGGAAAACCCUAACAGGUCUAGGGGAUUUGGGUUUGUGGAAUUUGAAUCGGUAGAGUCAGCAAAGGAAGCUUUUAAUUCCAUGAAGGGACAAGAGGUUGACGGACGCCAGAUCUUUUUGGACUUUGCUGAGGAGAGAUCUGGUGGUGGUGGAGGUCGAGGAGGCGGCGGUGGUGGUAGAGGUGGUGGUUUCCGAGGAGGUCGUGGUGGUAGAGGUGGCGGACGAGGGGGCGGAGGAAGAGGAGGUGGUGGUUUCCGAGGAGGAAGGGGAGGAUUCAACAAAAGUCCAGCAUCAAAAGGAGCAAUUCAAGACUUCAAAGGGAAGAAGAAGACCUUCAGUAUGGAUGAUUGAGACCCCAAUAUUUUGCUGUCCAUUGUCACCAGUGCAAUCUUUUUAAAUCUUUAGUUUGGUUUUAAGAUUUUCAGCUAUAUUUGUGAUAGACAAACCCAACAGACUUGUGAGAUGGACAACCCACACAAAACCUUUGUGUUCAGAUUGACUUAGCCUUUUCAAUGAGUAGAAAAAAAAGACUUAUAUUUUGUCAUUGUAUACAGUCUUUAACAAUGAUAAUAAUAAUGUAGGGGAUAUUUCAAUGUCUGCCUACUUCUUCUGGGUUUCCACAGAUUCUCUUUCAUAUGUCACUACUACAGAAGGUUGUACAUAAAAGUUUUUAUGUAUGCAUUUACAUAUUUGUGCUCCACUAGAGCUCCCAUCAUCAUCAUGAUCAUGUCGUUAAGAAAUGUCCACAUUGUUAAUUCGUGCAUCAUGUUUUUAUAAUGAAUGUUGUUAUACAUUAUAUGAAGAUCAAUAAAACAGAGCUGCUAUAUUAAA